GAAGAACAUCACAUUCCGACAUCAAACGUCGAACAUCCACACAAUGUCCUCCAUCAUCCUUAUGGCGGCCUGCCUCCGGGCUACCACCACCCCUUCCUGCAGCCACACCCUUCUCAAACGCUUCAACAUGCUGGCGCCGCCCAUCCCCCAUACACAGAUAUCGAGGCACAUCCGUCGUUACAUCAGUCGCAUCCGCACCUCUUACGCCAUCCCUCCAUGUCCCACCCGUCGCAAUCGCCCUACGACGUGGGCUAUGCCCAGACCCCACAACAGGGCAGUCUCAAGCGCAGUCGUCCCGAGGAGCAGCAUCUCCAGCAGCUAGACCUUCCAAAUCCUCUGGCGCAGCAACAGGACGCCUACGGCCAGGUACCAGGACCCGCGCAAGUCGGACCUUCACAGGGAUAUCCUUUGCAACCAUAUCCACCGCCCGCGACCCCGCAACCGCACCUCCCUCAGCAACAUCACCACCACCUCCCCAACCAACGUCCUGCUAAGCGACUACACAUGGAAGGCGGCCCCUCCUCCCCCGUCCAGGCCCAUGGUCCGCCCAACGUCGUCGGUCAGGAGGGAAUGCCCGCGCCAGCUCCGCGACCACGCGGCCCCAAGCUCAAGUUCACGCCCGAAGACGACCAACUACUCAUCGACCUCAAGGAGAAGAAGAACCUCGCGUGGAAGCAGAUCGCCGACUUUUUCCCCGGUCGCAGCUCCGGUACUCUACAGGUUCGCUAUUGCACGAAGCUCAAGGCAAAGACGACGGUUUGGACAGACGAAAUGGUCCAAAAGCUUCGCAACGCCAUGCAGGAGUACGAGAACGAUCGUUGGCGCAUCAUUGCCUCAAAAGUUGGGAGCGGCUUUUCUCCGGCCGCAUGCAGAGACAAGGCGCAAGAACUGGACCAAGAGGGCGAGGAAGAGGAGCAGAGCGGGUACACGCAAGCGCAAAUGACAGCCGGCUCGAGCGAUCCAGGACCGUCAUUCCAGUCAAGCGAUCCGAAUCCGUCCUUUCAAUGACUCGCCGAACAGUUCGAAGGUCUUCAUGCGUGGUAAUUUUAAGUUCUAAUGGGCUGGAGUUUGGGAUCUGACGGGUUGUGCUGGU